AUGUAUUCACCAUUUAAGAAUAUGUUGAUGAAAAGCUUUGCAGAAAAUAUAAGCGUUGAUCCUUUAAAGUUUGAAUUCCCAAUGCUUAAUUCCGAUGGAAAAUCAGUAUCGAGCAUUUGGAGUGAACCGUUUAGACCUUUCCAAAAUGAGCCUUGGAACCAAAAAGAAAUUUGGCAAUUAAAGGCAGCAUCCUCCAAAAGCAAUAUUGAAUUAUACAGGGCUAAAACCCAUUUUCUUGUGGAAGAAUUUCAACGAGUAACAGUCAGCGCAUAUUUGGUGCGUAAAUUUAGUGGCACUUAUUACUUCGAAUUAACAAAAUUGCCUCAAUUAUGGGGUCCUUACAGUCACACGACUCUAACAGAUGGAAGAUACGAUGAUUUUUUCCUUGAUGACAUCACACAUUUUGGUGUUAAGCUUUUGCUCGAAUAA